AUGACGACCAAAGCCACGUGGGCCGUCUCGACCAAAGGCGCGUUCCAGCGCGACGCCAGCAAAUUCCGCAAGUGGAUUGAGCCCUCUCCUGACGCUGAGUUUCCGGCUGCGAGGGACCGGUACCACCUGUACGUGUCCCUCGCGUGUCCCUGGGCACACCGGUGCCUCGCCACAGUGUACUUGAAAGGGCUGGAAAACGUUAUCGGUCUUUCAAUCGUGCACCCCGUCUUCCAGCGCACGCGGGUGCAGGACCCCAACGACCAGCACAUGAGUUGGGCCUUUGUCGACCCGAAGACGACCCCGUCACUACCCGGUCCUUCGGGUCGCGGCCAGUACUCUUCGGAAGGUGCUGUCCCAGAUACAGUAAAUAACGCACAGUUUGUGCGGGACUUGUACGAACUGUGCUCGGAGGGCAACACGCGCUACACAGUGCCCGUACUAUGGGAUAAGCUCAAGCACACGAUCGUCUCGAACGAGUCGGCCGACAUUGUCCGCAUGCUCAACUCGGCGUUCGACGCCAUUGUGCCGUCAAAAGUCGACUUGUUCCCAGUGGACCUGCGCGCCGACAUUGACGCCCUCAACGAGUGGAUCUACAACAACAUUAACAAUGGCGUGUACAAGUGCGGCUUCUCGACGACGCAAAGCGCGUACGACGAGGCAGUGGCUGCGCUCUUCCAGAGCCUCGACCGGGCAGAAGCGAUUCUUUCCACAAAGCGAUUCCUCACGGGGCAAACGUUCACGGAAGCAGACCUGCGGCUGUUCACGACGCUGAUCCGCUUUGAUGAAGUCUACUACGUGCACUUCAAGGCGAACAAGAAGAUGCUGGCGGAGUACCCGAACCUGCUCAAUUACACGCGCGAGAUAUACCAAUUGCCGCCCGUGACCAAGUCGGUAUCGAUGCAGCAUAUCAAGCUCCACUACUAUGGUUCGCACACGCACCUGAACCCAUUUGGCAUUGUUCCCGCUGGGCCAAAUGUCGACUUCAGUGCCAGGCACGAUCGGGACCGCUUUCCAGGCGCGACACUUCCCGAGUUUCCAGCCAUCAGCACGUCGUCGAAGUGA